CCCUACAAAAUGGCUGCGCCCAUGAAAGUUAGCCGGCUUCUUAGCACAAGAAAAUUCAACACAUUUUGCCGAUUUUUGCACUCAAAGAAACAGAACAAUGAAUCACAACAAAAGGAAACCCACUUUGGAUUUCAAAACAUCCCUGAAAAUGAAAAAGAAGACAAAGUUUAUGAAGUAUUUAAGAAUGUAGCCAGUAGAUAUGACUUGAUGAAUGAUGCUAUGAGUGUUGGUGUUCAUAGACUCUGGAAGGACCAUUUUAUAAGAAGGCUUGGUCCAACACCGGGAACUAAAUUGUUGGAUGUAGCAGGAGGCACAGGUGAUAUUGCAUUCAGAUUUUUAAAAUAUAUAGACGAUGUAAACAAAAACGGAUCUGAUGACCUUUUUGUACCCAACCAUAUUGAUGGAUUACAGCUUCACCAGGAGGAAGAAAAUUUGACAUCCUCUUCAUCAUCGUCUUCAGAUGAGGAAGAUAAUCAUGUGACACAUCAUGUGACUGUAUGUGAUAUAAAUCAGGAAAUGUUAGAUGUUGGGAGACAAAAGGCAGAAAGUUAUGGCAUAUGCUCAGGAAUGAGUUGGUUGAAGGGAAAUGCUGAAUGUUUGCCACUAGAAGAUAAUCAAUUUGAUGCAUACACCAUAGCAUUUGGUAUUAGAAACUGUACACAUGUAGACAAGGUUGUAGAGGAAGCCUACAGAGUACUGAAACCAGGGGGAAGAUUUAUGUGCUUAGAAUUCAGUGAAGUCAAAAAUCCAUUACUUAGAAGUUUGUAUGACAACUAUUCUUUUCAAGUAAUACCAGUAAUGGGACAAGUUUUAGCUAGAGACUGGAAAUCUUAUCAGUAUCUGGUGGAGAGUAUACGACAGUUUCCUAAUCAGGAAGAUUUCAGUGACAUUAUCAGAAAUGCUGGAUUUAGGAUGGUAUCAUAUGAAAAUUUGACUUUUGGUGUAGCUGCAAUUCAUUCUGGAUUUAAACUGUGAUAUAACAAUAACUAAAUGAACUUACCAAUAUUUAUUGAUAAAAUGUACAGGAAAUAUAUGAAUGAAUUAUUCUAUGCAUAAGAAUGUAAAUGACUUCUAUUAAAGCAGAAAGAAACGACUUUUUGGAUACAUGUCUUUGAAAAUAAAUCUUUUUUUUAUUGUUGACUGAUUUUGAAAUAGUUGUAUUUAUUUUUUUUAGAGCAAUUUAAAGAGUUAAAAAUGAGUGAUAGUUUUACUAUAAUGGAAUGAAAAAAUAAAUAGCUCUUUUAAGAAAGAAGCAUUUGCCUUUUUAAAAAGCAAAAUAGGUGACUAUUUAUUAAAAAUACAAAAUUGAUCCUCUUUAUGACUCUUUUUAGUAUUUAUAAUGUAAUCAUGACUGUCAAUUGGAAUUAUAUGUCCAGUUGGAGGUUUCAGAAAAUACAAAAAAAAAAUUAUGAAUAACCUAUAGCUAGAGCUCUAUAUGCUAGUGUUAGAAUUUCAACAUUUAAGUACCAUUUGAAUUGAUUAUUCAGUAAUCAUGAUUCUUAUCAUUUCCAUCACCAGAAAAUAAUCUGAUUUUUGACAUCAUAUACAUAUUUUUGGGCAAACUUGAUCUCUGUAUCAUUGAACUGGCAUGGUAAUUUUGUCUACUUGAAAUUGUACAUUUUUGUUUUCUGAUGUACAUAAUGGCAUUCAACCUGACCUACAAAAAUGUUUUUAUUCUAUCAUGUAUUACAUUUGUCUUAGUCCUGAUAUGAAAUUCAGAUAUUCAUUAUUUUCCUUAACAUAAUGACAUAUAAUUUAUGCACAAAGAAUGCAUAUAUGGCAUAAAAUAAUUAUGAAUGCAUAAUUUGGUUUAUUUAACAUACAAUAUAUAUUGUAUAUUAGGGUUUUUUUCAACAUGUGGUUAAUUUUAUGGUAUAUACAGCAGCAUAGAAUUGAAAAAAAUUAUCCAUUGCAGAAAAUUCCUGUGUUUUAUGUAGUUUAGAAUGAUUAGCUAUUUACCAUAACACAUCACUGUAACUCAUGCAUUAUUUUUAUCAUUAAAAAGUAUGGACUUUUCA